AUGGAAAUCACCGUUGAAGGUGAACCGAUUACAGACAGAGAAUUGAACGAUGGAACGUGGAUUUCCACGGCACUCAAGAACCAGAAACGAUUCCGCCGCCCCGGUGCCAGCAAAGAAGACGAAGGCUCGGCGUCAGGCAGUGCCGUCGUCGCUGCACCCGGCAUGGGAUACGAAGCCGCAGCUACCACCGGCAGCCAUGAAUGCAUGAACAACAAAGGCAAGCCCUUCGACUCUACCGCUAAGAGGUCUAGGCCUCCCCCUAGAAGAAGAAGACCCCCGAUCCCGAGACUGCCGGCAGAUCAUUACAAGAUUGUCAUUAGGCCACAGUCUGCCCUAGACCUUCCUGCACAUGGCGGAGCGCUAUUGCUCGAAGCGCUUCGCCUAGCCGCCAACAUUACCGACGGCAACGCCCAUUCAGAAGAUAUUCUUACGAAACACCCGGUCAACCGUACUUUCACAAUCAGCACGCCCAGUGAGAAACGUGCGAACGCGUACCUCAACCUACAAGAGUUCGUGAUUGAAGGAAGGAAAUGCCCCAUCAAAGCGUACGCGCCUGCCCCCGAUCUUUCGGUAAAAGGGCUGAUCCACAACGAGUAUUGUGGCGAAACAGACGAGCAGUUAGUCCAGAACUACAACUCCUACAACCCCGACUGGAUCGUCACGUCGGCAAGACGUUACGGGAAAACUAACCACAUCAUGAUUACGGUAGCCGGAACGGAGCUCCCCCGGCUCCUCAGAUACCCCGGCACAAGACAUAAAGUGGUCCUCCUUCUCAACCGAGUGGAGGCCUGCUUCAACUGCCGCAAGACAGGGCACAGACAAGACGUCUGCCCACAAAAAAGACGAAACCUCUGCUUCAGGUGUGGAGAAGAGCACCCACCACCACAGGAGGGACAACCAACAACCUGCGCCCCAGUCUGCAUCAUCUGCGCAAGGGCGCACAAAACUGGGAGCAGCAACUGUAAGUUCAGAUUCGCUAAGCAGCAAGCCUCCCAGAGACCCAAUCCGCUCAGCAACCCUGACCUAAACAUCGGGCAGAACUUUAAGCACCAGUCGAGGGACAGAAACCGGCAACACGAGACCCUGACCCGAGGUGACAAGAGGGAAGCAUCAUCGUCCUUCCCACCACUACUGCGAAGCAGAAGCAAGUCGGCGACACGGAGCAGCCAAUCGAGGGACCGUCAAAAGGACCAACAACGAUCGUCCAGCAAAAGGCGAGACCCCAAAAACCCCUGGACCAAGCCAGGAGAAAGGGCCAUCAAGUGGCAGGAAGAUCCGGAGAAGCAGGCCCUUCGUAAUCAAGUGAGGGAGCAAGCCAUUGUAAUAGAACGAAUGCAGUCCCAGAUCAGUGUGCUAGGCAAUAAAAUCGCGAGUCUCACACAAACCCAACACCCCGGUGAAAGCGCAACAACCACUAACGACACGUGCCGCUCCCUCACCCCUUCCGAGGGUGCAGUUAUGGAAGUAGAAUCCACGAACGUUCUCAAAAGACAGGCCUCAAAAGAUCAGCAAGAUGCCCAGAAUCCCAAGAGGCGAAUCGAAACUGCCUCGGCGUCCCAAGCGGCGUCAACUUUCGCAGUCAAAGCUAAACUGGCUCUCGAACAGAAAGAGAGGCUCAACAAAGUAGAGGCCCGAGCAGAUAGGCUAGAAGCGACAUCCAUGGACGUUGUCAAAAACCUGCAGCAGACCAAAGAAGAAAUGAUGGAGGCCAUCAAGGCACUACAAGUCCAACUUCAUAUUCAAAAUUUAGAAGUCAAACCGGACAUUAUUACAAUCCAAGAACCAAUGGGGCCCGUUAGCCUAACAGGGUACAAAGCCAUAUCUCAAAAAUAUAUACCACGCAAAACGGGAAUGACUGCUACGCUGGUGAGCAACCAACUCACGGCUAUACAACACGAAUUCGACAAUUCUGCGGCAGAUUACACGCUAACAGAAAUUAUUCCCGCCAAGAAAGAGCAGGUGAGCCUGUACGUCCUCAACGUGUACAGCUCCCCGAAAGAUCAAUCCAGAGAAGUCACGGCAUUGCUAGAGUCGACCACGCAACUAGCCAAAAAGGGGCAACUAGUGAUAACAGGCGACUUCAACGCGCCACACGUCGAAUGGGGAUACCACAAGUCGUUCAAGAAAGGAAACAUCCUGUGGAACAAAAUCCAAGAAUUGGGACUCUCGCUACUAAACGAUCCUCACACAGCGACCAGAACUGGCAACAGCAUUAGUAGAGACACCACCCCGGACCUCACGCUAGCAAAGAAUGUCAAGAACCCCGUCUGGCGGAACACCGGCGCGGAUCUCAACAGUGAUCAUUACAUCCUUGCCACUACCCUUCGCACGGAGAGUAGUAAGAAGAGUUGGAAACGAACUAAAUUCACAGAUUGGGAUAAAUUCAGGAAAGAAAGGAAUCAAACGGCCCCGCCUGAAAUUGAAGAUAUCGAAGAUUGGGUCAAAUCCAUAUGUAAAAGUGUAGAUUCGAAUACGAGCGAAAUACCAACCGAUGCCGAACACUGUAACCUCGAUUCCAGAUUGGCACACAUGUGGGAGGCAAGAAACAGUCUCAUGAAGAGAUGGAAAAGACAAAGGCUCAACAAAAGGCUACGAAGUAGAAUCGCCAAACUCGAAAGUGAAAUCGAGCGACAUGCGAGACAACUCACCCAGCAAGAAUGGUAUCAAACUUGUGACAGCCUAAACGGACAACUAGGGAAUAAGAAGACGUGGCACCUGCUUCGCCACCUUCUCGACCCCACGCAGUCCAAGUCGGCUGCGCAAGGACAGCUCGCUGCGAUCAUCCAUCAAUACCCCGGGGACGGACAAGACUUCUUGGACCUCCUCCGGAAGAAAUACCUGAACACCGCAGACGACGGAGAAACGAGCCCACAAUAUUCGGGGCGACCAAACGUGCAGCUGGACGAGCCGUUCACAGACGCAGAAGUCUGGGCCGCGCUGGGCCAGCUUAGAACAACCUCAGCGGCAGGACCAGACCUAAUUACAAAUAAGGCCCUCCGUAAUCUUGACAUGAAAUCUGUCACGGCACUCACAGAUUACAUCAACGUAUGCUGGGAGGCCGGAUUAAUCCCCAGCAGUUGGAAACAUGCCAAAGUGACAUUCAUUCCAAAACCUAACAAGAAAUUCAACGUGGACAACCUAAGACCCAUUUCCCUCACGUCCUGUCUCGGGAAGCUCAUGGAGCACGUGGUACUCAAUAGACUACGGGACUACACGGAAGACCACGACCUCAUGCCAUACUCCAUGGUGGGCUUUAGAAGGGGACUUUCCACCCAAGACGUCAUGCUACAGCUAUCACGUGACAUACUCGACCCCUCCAUUAAAAGCACAAGAGCAAUAUUGGGACUCGACCUCAAAAAGGCUUUCGAUAAUGUAUCACACAAUACCAUCCUGAAACACCUAGCCGACCUCAACCCAGGCGAACGGGCGUACAAUUACGUUAAAGCCUUUCUAGAAAACAGAACGGUAGAGAUCACCAUCGGGCCACUGAAAUCCAACCCAAUCAGGCUCGGCAACAGAGGAACACCACAAGGGGCUGUUUUGUCGCCCUUCCUUUUCAACCUGGCUUUAAUGAAGCUUCCAGAAAGGCUUAACGCCAUUGAAAACAUCCAUCAUACUCUGUAUGCAGACGACGUUACCAUCUGGACGAACCGCGGCUCGGAAGGACAAAUAGAAGAAGCUCUCCAAGCAGCGGCUGACACCGUAGAAGAGGAGGCACGGCGAGCCGGCCUCGAAUGUUCCCAGCCCAAAUCAGAACUCCUAGUCCUUAGACGGAGCAAAAAAACCCGAAGACAAGAUCCAAUUGACAUAAAGAUUCAAGGCCAAAACAUCGAAGAAGUGGAGAACAUACGUGUCUUAGGACUCCACAUCUCCAACACCCCCAGCAACAUUGCAGCCCUUGGGAGACUCGAGAGCUCAGUACACCAGGUAGCGCGCAUGAUCAGGCGCAUCGCUAACAAAAGACGAGGUAUGGAGGAGCACGACCUACACAAGCUCCUUCAAGCUUUCGUCAUCACCAAAAUCACAUACGCCUUCCCGUACCUCCGACUCAAGAAGGCAGAAGAACAAAAGAUUGACAUUCUAAUCCGACACGCAUAUAAAACGGCGUUGGGCCUACCUAAAUUUACGGCCAACGAGAAACUGCUCGCCCUGGGAGUACACAACACCUUUUCUGAACUUAAAGAAGCACAUCUAACCACACAGACGGCUCGACUCUCCAGCACACCACCGGGGAGAAUGAUUUUGGAUAGACUGGGCAUUGAAGGAGAACCUAUGGCGGACCAUCCAGGCCCCGUUCCAGGCUAUAUACGAAAAAAGAUUAGAAUAAAACCUUUACCAAAGAACAUGAACCCGCAAACCCAACAGGGUCGACGAGAGGCAAGAGCCAGGGCUAUGCAUCGACACUUGCAGAGACUCCAGGACGUCAUAUACGUUGACGCAGCCAACUAUCAAGACAGCCGCCACCGGUUCGCCAUCUGCGGGGUACCCCAUCCCCGAGACUCUGACGCGGCCACCCCACUCAUUGCCGCUACGGUAUUCACCAAAAACGCGGAAACCGCGGAGGAAGCCGCAAUUGCAGCGGCCAUUGCCUUUACAGAAGCUACAACCAUCUCGGCCAUGGCACUCGAAUAA